CCACGUCAUAUACAAAUAUUUUUCUUGCAAAAAGGAAUAAGCCAAAUGAAAAUGUAUUGUUAUUGUUAAUGUGUUUGAAUGAUCUACGGAUGGGUGCAUGUUUUGGGUGAAGAAUUCUUUUGAUUAGAAGAGGCCGCGUCAUCGAUAUUGCCACGUACACUAAAUUUCUUAUAGACACUUCAUUAUACGGCACACCUCGAAGGACACGCUUUUUAAGAAGACAAGCACCAGAAAAGCAUCCAAAAGAUCUAUGCAAUAAUGUGCAAUGUAGUGUUAUACGCACACCUUUAUAUAGGCCUACUGUUCCGAAUAAUGUACAUCCUCGGCGGUAUAAGCGCUUCUAAUACCUCCGUUGUCGAAAAUUGCCAAGCUCCAAAUUUGUUCUCCCAGUACUUUUUAAAUACUCAUCUGCAAUCAAGCCCUGCUGAAUUCCACUGUCAGUUCAACUGGACAAACCGAGAUGAAAUGGUCAAGAAAGUAAACGAUAGAAUUCAUAAUAGGCAAAAGGUAUUUUUGCGCUUCAAAGUUCCCUUAUCUUAUCACGAUCGUGAGUCGAGAACUUGGAAACAGGCGAAGAACGAGUUUGAGACGUGGGUGUGGGUUGCGGCAACACAUGACUACAUGCUUUACUUCCCGCACAAUUUCAACGUGUUAUCGCUUGGAACCAUGGGAAUAAUCACGAACGAUUUCUGGGAGCCUGACGGCGAAGGAGAUCUUCUUGGUACCUGGACCAGCGACUCAUGUGUUGAACUUCUAAAUGGAACGCGUCGUCGGUCGUUGACCAAGUACGAUAUGAUAAGUUUCAUGUCAAACGUCACCAAGGGCAAAAUUGAGUGGGACUAUGUCUGUCGACAGCUUGACUAUGACGUUACCGACGUAAUACUCAAUCCUAAUUCUGCGAUACCGGAUUUAUUUUACUACUGGCGGUUCUUAAGGCAGUUAUUCUCCAGGAGGCCUUAUUUUGGGAAAGGCCUCUCUAAGGCUGACUUUAUUCAUUACAACUGCUACGACAAGAACAGACCUGGUAUACUCAAAGAGAAGGAAUUAUUAAUGAAUUACUACGUGAUCUUGAUAUUGGCCGUUAUCCUCUGGUUGUACUCCCCGCUGCUUGUAUACUACUUUCCGAGUUCAAAACCGACCGUAUUAAUCUACCCUCCUAAUAUAAACUCUGAAAAUUUUCAACCCUCGCACAAAAGCCCAGUGUAUUUCAUGAAUUUCGUGCGAUGCAUAUUGUGUUUCUACAUGGAGGGGAAUAAAGCGGUAAAGUCGCGAGCCCGUCGCGUCGUUUUUUUCCUUUGUUCGUUCGUAAUAUUGACCCGGUUCUAUAAUACUCCUCAUCGGGUUAUCUUAAUCGUAUUCGUAAUUAUGGUUCUCAUUUCGGUUUCAAUUCCAGAGGUUUGGAGCGCCAGCCUCAAAAACUCACAACCUACAAAGUUCCUUGACUGGUGGAAAUAUCCAGAAGAUGUCUUUCGGAAGAACACUAGAGAUAAAGAAUAUCAAUUCCUGGCCCAUUGCAUGAAAGAACGGGUCUUUCUCUUAACUGAUUUACGCUUCUGGACAAUGUUGUAUUCUAGGAGUCUGGCGCUGCUUUGUUCAUGGGAUGAGGUAACUUCUAACUUGCCUAUUGGUAUCCUGAAGGGAGUUGUGUCUGUUUUUGUUUGCUCAUUCACCUUCAUGAGUAUGUUAUUGCUUACCCUAAUUUAUCAUUUCCUUCCAGCAUUUUAUUUCUACAAGAAAAUAUCCUGUGCUAUCUUUACCGCAACAAAGCUCGCACUUUCUACGAAUUCAUAUAGUAUCAACGUGUUAACAAGUGUCUUGAGUUUUCUAUUUAGUGUUAUUCUUGUUGUAUACAUCAUUAUAGCAAGCAUGUUCUUCUCUUAUUUGUUUGUCGAUGUAACUAUGUUUAUCUACUUCGGUGCAGUGAUGGAUCCUUCCAUGGCAUUCAAUUACGUAUCUUUAGUUGGCGCAAUAUCGCUGGUUCUAUACAAUCUCUUUAAGGACCUAAGGGAAAGUUAUGAGAAACUGCGCGAUCAAAUCGUAGACAUACUGAAAGGUGAUGAGCAUUUGCGACAUGUGCGUAACGAUUGUGGAAUAAUCAGUUCAGACAUACUAGAGCGAAGAGAUGAAGCUGAUGGUGUAUUAAAAAUAACUCUCAAGGUGGGUCCAAAACCUCCAGAAGUUAUUCUUUACCAUGACCACUUCGCAACCUACUUGUCCAGACCUCUGCUAAAAUUCUGCAUCGAACAAUGCAAUCCGGUCAGGAGACAGGUAUUUUUUAUCUUCGUCAAAGUGCUUGUAAUGACGUUUUAUGUUUGUAUUGCCAUGUAUAUUAAAAAUGUUUUUCACAAAGAGAAAGAAGUGAAGGGCAUUUUCGGAGUAGCAGAAACCAUCGCUUUGUAUUACGCUCCCACUCUCCUUCAGUUUCUCGCUCAGCGACGUCGUGGUGAAAAAGACAAUGUUGUUCGUCACCUUUGCGUUCAUAAAGCAGUAGCUCUCUACAUCAAGAAAUUGCUUUAAAAGGUGUUAACCCAUAGUUGUAAAGAAAAAGAAAAAUAUCGUUUUGUGUGUGCUGCCUGCACUUGUGAGCACCUAUCAAUUUACGGAAAAGACAAUCUGUGUCUUAACUAUUGGCUGUCUUUUAUAACUAGACAAUAAUGGAAUGUAGGCAACACAGUUAUAAUUGCACAAACUGUAAUACUUAGGCAUAUUCAUAAUCUAAUUAUAUAUUCAGGCACUACUAAAGUGACACCAGUUCCAUACGGAGAACUGUGAUCUAUUUUAAUACUCUAACAAUGCAAUGUUAACCCAUAGUUGUAAAGAAAAAGAAAAAUAUCGUUUUGUGUGUGCUGCCUGCACUUGUGAGCACCUAUCAAUUUACGGAAAAGACAAUCUGUGUCUUAACUAUUGGCUGUCUAUUUUAAUACUCUAACAAUGCAAUGUCGCCCUCUUGAGUUCCAGCAUUGUCAUGUUACUUGAUAUUUGUGUUUUGUUGUUAAAUAAAAUUCAGUUGAAUUUGA